CUCCCUGCUCUGGAUUUUCCCGUCCAGGGAUUUCCCAACUCUGCCCCAAGGAGGGAGAGCCUUUAUAAAGAGCCAGCUGGAACUCUUGUAACAAACCGUUGCGCAGCAGCAAGAUCUCACUGUGCUUCUUCACAGAAAACAGAAAGCAAACUUUUGAAUUUACUUUCUUUAUCCAGCAACAGCAAUUACAAAUGUUUAAGGAGAUGGGAAGAGCAAGCCAGGCUGUGCUAUUAAUUUUGUGCGUGUUAAGGACUGUUAAAGCUUUUGAAAUGGAAAUUAUACCUGCUGAGAGAAUUGUGGCACAGAUUGGAGGCACACUCAUACUCACAUGCAAUACUACUGGCUGUGCAUCACCAAGUUUUUCCUGGAGAACCCUGAUGGACAGCCCCCUUGGAGGAAAAGUCAGAAACCACAGGACAUAUUCUACAUUGACUAUGAAUCCAGUUGGUGUUGUGAAUUCUCAUUCUUAUCUUUGUACUGUCAUAUGUGGUGAGAGAGGGAAAAAGGAGAAGAGUGUCAAAGUUGAACUUUACUCUUUCCCCAGUGAUCCUAUCAUUGACAUCAGCCCAUCCUUAGUUGCUGGAGAACCAGCCCCUGUCAUCUGUAAAAUUCCGGAUGUAUAUCCUUCUCAUCACCUGGAAGUUCUCCUAAAGAAAGAUGGACAGGUUCUUCAUGAGGAAUAUUUUUUGUACGAUGACAGCACAAAUACAGAGACCAAAACUGUGACAUAUACAUUUCAUCCCAUGGCUGAAGAUGCUGGGAAAGAGAUUACCUGUGUGGCCAGGUUACCAAUUGCUGAUAUGGAUUUUGAACCCAAAGAAAGAACAUCUUCUCAGAAACUUAAUGUAAAUUUUGGUCCACAAAAUACUGUCAUUACUGCAUCUCCAAGCAACUCACCAAUGGAAGGAGACUCUCUGAACCUCACUUGUGUGACUCAGAGUAACCCACCAGCACAAAUAGUUUGGAGUAAAUAUUUGGCUGAAGAAAACAUUCAGCAUCUGAUAAAAAACAAUGUUCUUUUUAUUCCCCGUGUCCGUUUCAAUGAUUCAGGACGGUACAUCUGUGAAGUAAUUAAUCUGGUAACUAAUAAAACAGAGGAAGCAACUGUGAACCUUGUUAUACAAGGUGCUCCAGUCAUCACAGAACUCUCCAUUGAACCUUCUACAACAGUUCAGGAAGGACAAAAUGUCUCCAUACAAUGUUCUGCUGAAAGCAACCCUCCUCCCAAGAUAAUUCUAAGGAGAAAAUCUGACAAUGCAGACAUAGGGACUUCUAGUGCCAGAAGUAUUUUUCUUCCAUCUGUGAUGUUCCAAAAUGGAGGAGACUAUGAAUGUGUAGCAGAAAAUAAGUAUGGGAACAGUAAAAGUGAAAUCACACUUAAUGUGAAAUAUGGACCAAAGAAUACAAUGAUCACUGUUUUCCCUGCUGCUCUUAAAGAAGGGGAAACUGUGACAAUGAAAUGUACUAGUUCUGGUAAUCCAGCUCCUGUGAUCUCCUGGAAGAAAAAGAAGGCCACCGGGGAGUCUGAGGAAAUUUCUAAAAAUGCAACUAUAACUAUACACAACUUGAAAAGUCAAGAUCUGGGGCUUUAUGAAUGUGAAGCUUAUAAUCAAUUUGGCAAGGAAGAAAAAGCUGUGGAAUUAUAUGUUCAAGCAAGAUUGGAAGAACCAGAUCAGAUGAUCCCAUUCAUUAUUGCAUUCUCAUCUGUAGCAGCAGUAGCAGUUCCUGCAGCUGCCAUUUUGAUCUACGUGUCAAGACAAGCAAAGAUCAAUGGAUCCUACAGUCUUGUAAAAGCACUCAGGUUGAAAGUUUGAUCAUGUGAAUAUAAGUGUUUAGUUGAUAAUAAGCACUUUUAUUUAUUGCUGUGACUGGUUCUACCCUUCAGUAACAAACGAGUGACUUGAGAACAGCGCCAUGUGAUAGCAAAUGGGCUUAUUUUCAUGUUCUCAUAAGUGUUUUGGUAUUUAAAUUAAAGGAAGAGCUAGAAUCCUGACCUAGAAAUUGGUAAAUCAUUUCUGUGUUGAAGCAUUCUGAACAAAGAGUUCUGUGAAGAACUAGGUUUGUACAUAGUGUAUAAUUUGUGUUAUAAAUAUGUUCAACUAAAUAUCAGUUUGUAAAACUUUUCUUAUUGCAACUGUACAGAGAAAUUUUGUUAAUUCAAAGACAUAAAUCAAUAUUGCUUGAGCUGAUCAGGUGAUUUUUAUUUUGUAUUACUCUGCAGCAUGAAUGUUUUUUAAUAUAAUUUGUCUGGUUGUGGUAAUGUUUGGAAAAUAUUCUCUUUUCACUGAUAUUGCCAUAAACUAUACCUUCAAUGACAUUACACAAUCGCUGGGCUAUGCAUUUCUAACAAAUUUAAACUAAUUUUAGCCUUUGAGGGUCAUUUGCAAAACAUUUUAUUUUAAAUAUUAUUCAAAAUCUGGGGUUAUAAUCCUGUAAGUUCUAGCAAUGCUAAGGUAUUCUUGCUGGCUUCAAUCAUUCUCAGAUCAAUGUCAGAAUUCCGUUAUUUUGUGAUGAGCCAUAUCAGACCUUUCUUGUAAAAUAUAAGGGCACUGUAAAUAUGCUUUACAGAUUUCCACUGCAAAAUAAAACUACCAGCAGAUUUCUUUGUCUAAA